UCCAAUCCUCAUUCAUCCAUUUUCACUCAUCAUUCUGCAUCUGCUGCGAAGAGAAUAAUCCCCCGAGAGAGAAUGUCGCAGAGUAGCGAGGCGACGUCCGCCGCCGUGGGAGGUGGUGGCGGGGGCGGCGAGAUUAUGUUGUUUGGGGUGAGAGUUAAAGUUGAUCCCAUGAGGACGAGCGUCAGUAUGAAUAAUCUCUCUGAAUACGAGCCUGUUAACACCACUGGCAAUCCCAAAAUUAGUGGUAAUGAGGUGCCGAAGGCUGUGGCGGAGGACGGUGGCACCGCCGGGUACGCCUCCGCCGAUGACGCCGUGCCGCAGCCAUCAAACGGCAAUCGCGAGCGUAAGCGAGGAGUUCCAUGGACAGAGGAGGAGCACAAGCUAUUCCUCAUUGGAUUGCAGAAGGUUGGAAGAGGAGACUGGAGAGGAAUCUCUAGAAAUUAUGUCAAAACUCGUACGCCAACCCAAGUUGCUAGCCAUGCCCAGAAAUACUUCCUCCGCCGAAGUAACCUUAAUCGCCGCCGCCGCCGUUCCAGUCUUUUCGACAUCACCACUGACUCGGUUGCUGCGAUGCCAGUUGAAGAGGGCAAGAACCAUCAAGAGAGUGCAGCCCAGUCGGUUGCUCCUCCAACUACACUGCCUCUGCCUAUUACUUCCAAUGUCAAUGGAUUCUCAGUUGUGCCUUUUCCGGUGAACAUUGGCCCUGUUUUGUUCUCAGUGCAAAAUGGAAAUCCCAUGGAAAAUUCCACUCUUGGGCAAAGUGAUCUACCUAACAAUUCAUCAUCAAUGCUCGUUCGCCCAGUCCCCAUUGUUCCUAUGCCUGCUUCCUCAACAAUGGUGGAUCUCAACUUAAAGCAACAAUCGCCAAUCGAACCUUCACUGUUAUCUUUGAGGCUGUCACUUUCAUCAGGUCAGGAUCAGCCAUCAACAAGGGACUCAGCUUUCCAGAUGCUGCCAAGCUUCAAAAACGGUGAUAGCAUCAUAACCGUUGCUUGACGUUCUUGAAACUCAGAAAAUAAAAUUGGAAAAAAAGACCACCAAUGGUAAUUAGAGAUAUUCAAUUAUGAAAAUAGAGGGCUUUAAUCAAGCAAUAGAUUAGUCACUUAGCUCGGCUAGAAAUCCAUCUUUUUUCAUUGUACAGACCGGAGAAACAUCAUGCUGUGUUGUACUUGUUUUCCUUAUGCUAAUAUUUUUAGAUUCUUGCUUGGUUUUUGUCUCCUUCCUCUGUGGUUGAGAAUAAAAUAGAGACCAAUUAUGCAAA